AGCAACUACAACAUCUCACGAUACUACACAGCUAAACCUUGGUUACUGUCCAUCAACAACAUACCAAACAUUAUUGAUCACGACUACAACAGACAACCGCAACUCCAGUUUGUUUACCACAUCAGUUCCCCAAAACAAACUAGCAUAAACAACCAAACCAACCUUCCACACAAAUACACACUACACUCAGAAUCACCUGGCUAACAACACCAAAAUGAGACCCUAUUCUUCCGCCAACGAAGACCCCGACGACUCUGAGCGUGGCCGUCAGUUAAAACGCGCGGGCAUCGACGCCGAGACCGAUACGGACGAUACGAACUACAAGCUUUCCCACUCUCCCAGUCCCGACAGCCUUUCUUACAGCGCUCCACCUAUUCCACCCCGUCCUCGUCAUCGUUCUCCCCCUCCUCUUCCUCAUCGUUCUCCUCCUCCUACCGGGCUUCCUUUGGGGCUCUCUCCUGGUAUCGCUGAGCUUGUCGCUUCUGCCGCCAGAGCUGCCAAUCUGGCCGCUGCUAGCCGUGGUGGCUCACCUAACCCUAUCAAAGAGGGUGAGGUUACCGCCCGCUCUUCCAGUGGCUCUUCUCGACCCUCCACCCGUCCCUCUGCCCCCUCACCAGAAAACCGCUCCUCCCCUUCUCCUGACCUUCAUCCUUCCCUUUUACCUUUCCCUCCUUUUCCUCCCCCUCCCGCAGUCAAGUCCAACACCGCGCCCUACGGCUCCGAGCUUUCUCCCGAGACCGAAAAAAUCCUAUCCGACCUCAACCAACGAGCCAAAAUGGCGGAACAGCAACGCCUCAUCCGCGAAGGACGGGACCCGACAGCUUUAGCAAUCUUCGAGGCGCAUCGCCGUGAACAUGGGUACGUGCUUCGCCCGUUCAUGUGCCCGCUGUCAACGACGGAUCGCUUUUGGUAUGAGAUGGGGUUGAAGGCGUUGCCGGGGUGUUUGAUUGAAGACAAAGAAUGCUGGAGGGCGCUGGAUCCGUGGAAGACGGUGGUGAAAAAGGAGCAGAAGGGUAAAAGGAAUUGUAAAGAGAAUUAUGAUACGUGGGUGGAGAAGGGUAAUAAGAGCGUUGUGCUGUGUGUGGCGGAUAAGAGGGAUAAGUGUAGGGGGGUCAUGGUUCGUUGGAGGAUUGAUUCGAGGAUGGAUAAGGAGAAGGAGGCGGACGGGGUGGAUCUUCAUCUGCAUGUCGGGGAUGUGAGCAAGAGUGGGAGCGGGAAUGGGAACGGGAAUGAGGAGGAGGGUCCAGUUUGGAAGGAGGGGGUGCUGGGGUUGAAGGUGAUUGAUUUUUGGAGACCAGGAGUGGCAGAUCGGGAGUUGCAGGCUGCGCUGGGAGAUGCGACCCGUAACAUUUUCGAACUUGAAUUGCUCGAUGAUGUGAAGGCUGUUCAGAUUCACGGUGGCGCUGGGCCGUCAAUGAGCGGGAAUGUGGAGUAUCCGAUCGAUGCGAGGAUGAGAAGGUACUUGGAAAUGGAGGAGAAUGUUAAAAGACUAGCGAUACAGUUGGGGUAUGAGCAAGUAGACGAGGAGCAGAAGCCAAUGGGUACGCGGUGGGUGUUGGAGUUUCCGCGGGACGCGCUGGACGAGUUAGUCCGGACGAUGGCCAAGUUGAAGAUGGACAAGACUGAUGAAGAUGAAUUGAAGGAGGAGGAGAGGAAAAACGACUUUGAGAAGGGCGCAGAGGAGGAACACAAAAUUGUCAGGGAGGCUGGCUUCGGCGGAGCAAAGUAUGUCGAGGACGCGAGGGCGGUUGUGGAUCUUAUGGACAACCUCAUCAUUGCUCAGGCGGAACAACGUGGCCUUGGGGCGACCCGGAACAGAGAAGACAGCUACAGACCCAUGCCGAUGCUUACAGGUAAUCUGCCGGUCCGGAACAGGGAGAAACUCUCGUCGCCAGACAGCGAAAAGUUUGACUGGAAUCCUUGGGAAGCUAGCCCUGAGUCUGAUGGGGAAGCUAUCUUGGAAUCAAUCGAGGCAGACAGCCCGGAGUCUGGGGAGGUGGAGGAAACCCGUCUGGAAGCUAUCCCCGAGGAGUCAACCAUGCCGGAGCUCAAGGCGGGUACCAGUCCAAAGCCCGAUCAGGCGGAGGAAAGCAAGUCGGAAGGCGACAACAUGUCCAGCCCGGAAAUCGCAACACUCUUCAGGGACGAGGGGAACAAAUAUCACCUAUCUGGGUCUCAUACUCCGGAGAACAAGACGGCUAUUGUUGAAAGUAUCGAGGUCGAUGCCGAAAAAGCCGAGAGUUCUCUCGAUGGAAAGAAGGAUGUCGGGGUUAGUGUGAAGUCUGUGGAUCCUUCCGAUGAGGAUGCUUCUCAUGACGAGUCCUCUGAUGACGAGAUUGUCGACUUGGCGGCUUUUUUCCUUGAUGAUUCUUCUGGUAACGAAAACGAUCUUGACUAGGAAGACAAGACGGAUGAGACGGAUGAGAACAAUCUUCCCCAGGAUGACAAGACAGAUGAGACCGAGCUUCCCCAGGAUGACAAGAUGGAUGAGGAUUGGGGUAAUGAAAUGGCGCUGGCCCUGCGCGAUUUGCUUCGUGUCAACAGAACUGCUUCUCCGGACGACGAGAAUGAGACCAAGAACAACGAAGCGGAAGGAAGCUCUUAGAUGUUCGGGAGGAGGUUUAUGGUAUUGGGUAUUGGUGUGU